CUAGCCAGCUAGGGACACAUAUGUAUCCUUCAAUGAUGAGAGGCACGUUCAUAAUCCUUGUGUUUGCUGUGGGAACUUGGAUCAGUUCUGCUCAUGCAAGGGCUUUGAUAGGAACUAAUCCAAGGGAUCAAUCCAUGAGGAUAAUCAUAUUUGGAAGGUCCUCAACCUCUGCUGCUCCUUUGCCUCCACACAAAUCGUCGCCACCACUACAUUUUGGUCCUUCACCUCCAGACCCAGGACCUGCACCUAAACCGUCUCCUGUGCCACUGAAAUACCAUGGUAUUGUAACUGGUGGUGGUAGUCUGCGAGUGUCCAAUGUGGCUUCAUUUUGAACAUCAAAAUCAAGCCGUUCAUAGAUGAUGAGGGUGGGCCGUACACCUUCUAUUAUGUAUUUGCUGCUUUAAUUAGAAUAAGGACUAAGCUCUUUUCUAAUUUACUUUAAUUAGAAUCGUGUUUAGCUUAAUCAUCCAGUUUCACUUUGAAUGUUAAAGCCAUUCAUGAACAUGUCCCCGUGCUGUGAAGAUCAGUUUCCUUCUUCCUCUAUG